CGCCACGAUGACCACGUAUCCCCCAAACAUUGCCAAGCUCUUUGAGCCGCGGCCGCGCUUGAAGUAUUUGGAGCACAUCGACAUUGCACCUAAGGAACGGAGCACGCCGGCCGUGUCGGGCCUCAGCGGGUAUCUCGCACAGCUCAAAUCCUACGACAGCGAAAUACAGUACACACCGACGGAGGGACCCAUUCAGAAGCAGCAGCGCGAGCGCAGGGAGCGCCAGCGCGUACAGCAAGCGAAGGUCGCAAGUGAUCUUGCGCGGUGGAACCCGUCCGAGGACCCCCAGAUCCAGGGCGACCCGUUCAAAACCCUAUUUGUGGGCCGCUUGGACUACGAGGUAACCGAGUUGGAGCUCCAGAAGAAAUUUGCUGGGUUUGGGCCCAUCGAAAGGGUGCGCAUCGUGCGCGACCAGCGCGGAAAAUCGCGAGGCUACGCGUUUCUCAUUUUCAACUCCGAGUACGACUGCCGCAAUGCAUACAAGGAGUCCAACGGCAUGAAAAUUAACGAGCGUGAGCUUGUCACCGAUAUUGAGAGGGGAAGAACCAUCAAGCACUGGCAGCCACGCCGCUUGGGUGGUGGUUUAGGCGGUAGACACUACACCAAGACGAGGGUUUGGGGAGGCAGAACCAAUACCUUUGGUGGGCCCAGCGGACCGCGCAGCGUGCAUCAAACAAGGACCGCACCCAGAUUUGGUACCCGGCCAGCCUAUAGCCUGCGGCUGGGCCCUACCGAGCGCAGACCAUACGAGAGACAGGCCAGCAACGAAAGGCCAGAGAGAGACCCGCGUUACGGCGGGAAGUACGGCGUGUAUGAAAAGUACAAGGAUGUCAAAACCGAGGCGCCGUAUAAAUACGAAUCGCGCGAUAGCAGAGACUUCCGCGACAGAGACGCGCGCGUGCCCGAGCGCAGGGAACGUGAGCCAGCCAGGGAUAAAAAGGAGGAUCGGACUACCCGAUUCGACCGGUCCAUGUACUAAGGUUAGGUAUGGGAUGUCAGGUCAAAAGGAAUCAUUCCCAGAGGAGGUAAAAAAUCUUAGACAAGAGGUGGAACCCUUGUCAGUUGGGGCUCGCAGUUUUUGUGUGCUUCAUUGGAUUCAUCGUAUUAAAAUAGAAAUAUUAACCGC